AAUAGCUCCUAAAUUAUGUUUUUUUCAGCAAUUAAUCCAAAUAUAGGGUCACAAGCCUCCCAUGUGGCCCCUGGAGACACAUUCACAUAUGAGUGGGAUGUACCGCAAAGUGUGGGGUCAACUAUGUAUGACUUGAACUGCUUACCAUGGCUGUACUACUCAUCAGUUGAUGUUCCGAGGGACACAAAUUCUGGACUGGUGGGUCCCUUGUUGGUGUGUAAGACUUUAGUUAAUGACAAACAGAGAGGAGUCGCUCAUAAUUACUUCAUGAUGCCUUAUGUAUUUGAUGAGAAUAAAAGUUGGUAUCUGGAAGAGAACAUUGAGCUUUUCACAAGCAGCCCCAAUACUGUGGACCAGGAAGAUCCAGAUUUUCAGGAAUCCAAUAUGAUGCACUCAAUCAAUGGAUACAUGUAUGGAAAUCAGCCGGGGCUAGACAUGUGUAAAGGAGACUCGAUUCGUUGGCAUAUGCUGGGACUAGGCUCAGAGGUCGACGUGCAUGGAGUACACUUUUUUGGAAAUACCAUUCUCAUCCGUGAUACCACAAGGGAUGUAGCCAGUUUAUUCCCACACAUCUCUUACUCAGUAAUAAUGACUCCUGACAAUGAAGGUGUUUUUCAUAUUGGAUGUAUGACUUCAGACCAUUUCACAAGCGGAAUGAGACAGACCUACAGCGUUAAGUCAUGUGGCAAAAGGGAACCUCUGAUAGAGUUUUUCCAUACACAAACAUAUUACAUUGCAGCAGAAGAGGUUGAAUGGGACUAUUCUCCAAGUCGGACCUGGGAACAUGAGAGGCAUUCACUCCAUGAAGAAAGCCCAGGAGAUGUCUUUUUAAAUAAAACUCAAACUUCAAUUGGUUCAAAAUAUAAAAAAGCUGUAUACCGGGAAUAUACAGACCAAACUUUUACAGUACAAAAGGAAAGAACAGGAAACGAAGAGCAUUUGGGUAUUCUAGGUCCACUAAUAUUUGCACACGUUGGUGAUAAAAUUAAGAUUAUAUUUAAAAACAAGGCAAGUAGACCAUAUUCAAUCUAUGCACAUGGUGUUAAACUGGAAAAUAUUGAUGUGAAGGCAACAGAACCUGGAAAAAUUACAACGUACAUAUGGAAAAUCCCUAAAAGGUCUGGACCCAAUAGAGAUGAAAAUUGUCUGACCUGGGCUUAUUACUCAGCAGUUGAUCCAAUAAAGGACGCUUUCAGUGGAUUGGUUGGGCCGCUUGUGAUUUGCAAGAAAUUCUUCCUUCCAAUUAGCUUGUACAAGAAAACAAUCUUGCGAUUUGCUCUUCUUUUUAUGGUGUUUGAUGAAAAUGAAUCCUGGUAUCUAGAAGAAAAUAUUAAAACAUAUUCUCUGCAUCCAGAGGAAGUGAAGAAAGACGAUGAAGACUUUAUUGAAAGCAACAAGAUGCAUGGUAUUAAUGGUAAACUGUAUGGAAACUUACAUGGCCUUACUAUGCACGUUGGUGACCACGUAAACUGGCACCUUAUUGGCCUUGGGAAUGAAGUGGAUAUACACACAGUGCAUUUUCAUGCACACAGCUUUAAAUACGUGCAGAGUGAUGUUUAUAAAUCAGAUGUAUUCGAUCUUUUCCCGGGAACAUUUCAGACAGUUGAUAUGAUUGCAAAGAACCCAGGAACAUGGCUGCUUCAUUGUCAUGUGACUGACCACAUACAUGGUGGAAUGGAGGCUGUGUACACAGUAUUGGAAAAACAAGAUACUUUACUUCAUAAACUUAUUAAUCGACUUCGUGGAGCCUCUACGCUUGCAAAAAAGGACACAGCUUGAGCAAAUUUGAAGGACAAAUAUAUAAUCGUCAUAUCAAAUAUUGCUAGUUGUGAAAAAACACAUUAAAAGUCAUCUUUCAUAAUUCUCAGA